AUGGGGUAUGAUGUAACCCGUUUCCAGGGGGAUGUUGACGAAGACCUUAUCUGUCCUAUUUGCAGUGGAGUCUUGGAGGAGCCAGUUCAGGCGCCUCACUGUGAGCAUGCCUUUUGCAAUGCCUGCAUCACCCAGUGGUUCUCUCAGCAGCAGACGUGUCCGGUGGACCGGAGCGUGGUGACGGUCGCCCACCUGCGCCCUGUGCCCCGGAUCAUGCGGAACAUGCUGUCGAAGCUGCAGAUCGCCUGCGACAACGCUGUGUUCGGCUGCAGUGCUAUUGUCCGGCUUGACAACCUCAUGUCUCACCUCAGUGACUGUGAGCACAACCCCAAACGGCCUGUGACCUGCGAGCAGGGCUGCGGCCUGGAGAUGCCCAAAGAUGAGCUGCCCAACCACAACUGCAUCAAGCACCUGCGCUCAGUGGUACAGCAGCAGCAGACGCGGAUCGCGGAGCUGGAGAAGACCUCCGCGGAGCACAGGCACCAGCUGGCGGAGCAGAAGCGAGACAUUCAGCUGCUCAAGGCAUACAUGCGUGCAAUUCGCAGUGUCAAUCCCAACCUUCAGAACCUGGAAGAGACCAUUGAGUACAAUGAGAUUCUAGAGUGGGUGAACUCCCUGCAGCCUGCACGAGUGACCCGCUGGGGCGGCAUGAUCUCCACCCCGGACGCCGUGCUCCAGGCUGUCAUCAAGCGCUCCCUGGUGGAGAGUGGUUGUCCUGCCUCUAUUGUCAACGAGCUGAUCGAAAACGCCCACGAGCGGAGCUGGCCGCAAGGUCUGGCCACGUUAGAGACAAGACAGAUGAACCGGCGUUACUAUGAGAACUACGUGGCCAAGCGUAUCCCUGGCAAGCAGGCUGUUGUCGUGAUGGCCUGUGAGAACCAGCACAUGGGCGACGACAUGGUGCAGGAGCCAGGGCUUGUCAUGAUCUUUGCGCAUGGCGUGGAAGAGAUAUAG